AUCAUUCAUACAAUCAUUCCUCCCUUUUUCUCUGUCCUCCCCCACAGAACUCAGAAACCAAGCAGAAAACUAACAGAGAAAUUGUACUGGAAGUAGGCGUUUGCAUCAGCAUUUGCCAUUGACUCAUUGAAACUUCAAUUUACCAGCAAAACAAAAAGGUAAACCUUCCAAAAUCUUUAAAUCCCUGCACCAUUAAUAUUCUAUUUCCCCAUAAAUUAGUUACAGAAAUAAAUCCGAAGAUACCAAUUUGUAACACACUGAAUUUUUCAAUCCAUUUUUAUUAAGCAGUGUGGUAUAAUUUGGCUAUUUGUUGUAACUGCCAUUUCUAAACCUUAACCACUUCGCUUCGUCAGCUAUUUCCAGUACCUUCAGAUCUUCACCCUCACGCUUUUUCUCUCUCCUUUGUUUUUUCUGUUCUUCCCAUAAUUUAUAUACCUCCGCAAAAUUAGUGAGAAUGUCCAAAAAUUAACACUAACCCACUCUAAUUAACCAUCUUAAUCACAUUUCCCACCUCCCCCUUUCUCCCAUUUCCAUCCCCUCAAAUCUUCCCCUCUUGAUAAAUCCCUCAUUUUCUCCCUUCUCUGUUUUUGUAAGUACCUCAUUGUCCAAAAGUCCACCAACAACCCCACCAAAACAUGCCGGAAAACACCCAAUCUCCGCCGUCAAACGGAAUCCAGAUCCACCAGAUACGGCGGUUACCGGACUUUCUUCAAAGCGUGAAUCUCAAGUACGUCAAACUCGGGUACCACUACCUUGUCAGUCAUAUGCUUACUCUUUGUUUAAUCCCAUUAAUGUCAAUUAUUUUAAUCCAAGCUUCACAAAUGCAAUACGACGACGUUUACCACCUCUGGCUCCACCUCAAGUACAACCUUAUUAGUGUCAUUAUUUGCUCUACUGUUAUUGUAUUCGGAUCCACUUUAUACUUCAUGACCCGACCCAGAUCCGUUUACUUAGUUGACUUCUCACUGUACCACCCACCUAGCCGCUUAAGGGUUACAUACAAGGAUUUCGUCGAGCAUUCCCGGUUAACCGGAGAUUUCGACGAUUCCUCCCUCGAAUUCCAACGGAAGAUUCUCGAACGUUCCGGACUCGGCGAAGACACGGUGGUGCCAGAAGCAAUGCAUUCAAUCCCCCCACGCCCGUCUAUGCAGGCGGCGCGUGAGGAGGCAGAGGAAGUAAUGUUUGGUGCAUUGGAAAACCUCUUUGCUUUAACGGGUGUCAAAGCAAAGGAUAUUGGUAUACUUGUUGUUAACUGCAGCUUGUUUAACCCAACUCCAUCAUUAUCCGCAAUGAUAAUUAACAAGUUUAAGCUGCGUGGCAAUAUUAGGAGCUUUAAUUUAGGAGGAAUGGGUUGUUCUGCAGGAGUUAUCGCAAUCGAUCUUGCAAAAGAUCUCUUACAAAUCCACAGAAAUACUUGUGCAGUUGUGGUUAGUACUGAGAACAUUACACAAAACUGGUACUUUGGGAAUAAGAAAUCAAUGCUUAUACCCAACUGUUUGUUUCGUGUUGGGGGUUCCGCUGUGUUGUUGUCUAACAAACCAAGGGACAAAAGCCGAGCCAAGUACCGCCUUGUUCAUACAGUCCGAACCCAUCGUGGGGCGGAUGAUAAGGCGUUUAAGUGUGUGUAUCAAGAACAAGACGACAUUGGUAAAACUGGAGUUUCACUUUCUAAGGAUUUAAUGGCUAUAGCCGGGGAUGCACUCAAAACAAAUAUCACAACCCUUGGUCCACUUGUUCUUCCUAUAAGUGAACAAUUAUUGUUCUUUUUCACACUUGUUGCGAGGAAGUUUUUCAAUGUCAAGAUCAAGCCGUACAUCCCUGACUUUAAACUUGCAUUCGAGCAUUUCUGUAUUCAUGCUGGAGGAAGAGCGGUGAUCGAUGAGUUAGAGAAGAAUCUGCAGCUAAGUCCGGUCCAUGUUGAGGCGUCUAGGAUGACGCUUCAUAGGUUCGGGAACACUUCUUCGAGCUCGAUUUGGUACGAGCUUGGGUACAUUGAGGCUAAAGGGAGGAUGAAGAAAGGGCAAAGGGUAUGGCAGAUUGCAUUUGGGUCUGGGUUUAAGUGUAACAGUGCUGUCUGGAAAGCGUUGAGGAAUGUUAAACCUUCGCCUAAGAGUCCUUGGUUGGAUUGUAUUGACAGGUACCCUGUUCAGAUUCAUAGUUAAUUGUAGAGAUUUAUUCUUAUAAACCAAUUUUUAGUAAAAGGAAUCAGAAAGAAACUGAGAUAAUUAAACAUCUUGUUAAUUAGAUGGAUUAUUGUUAUAAUUCUUUUUAAGGAACUGUAUUCAUUAGUACUCGUAAUUUCUAUGUUGUAGUGGUGGACGUGGGUGUUACUCUUUGUGGAAUGUCAAAUUGCCAGCUUAUAAGUUGGGUGCUAAUUAAUAUAAUUAGCUGUUAAUUUGUCAGACUAAUUCUGUUUGCA